UUAAUCUCCCUUCUCAAUCCCUAAACCACGUACCAUACCAUGACUCUUUUCUCCAAUAUUUGUGUCUUCGUGGCACUAUCCCUAUGUCAGUCCUUGGUUCUAGCCAUUAACAACGGCUAUUACGGGUUUAACCCAUCGGUCGCCAGCUACCUGCCGGAGAAACCUCAGAACAUCAUGAAUCCAGUGGACUCGUGUUGGCGGCAUAAAUCUGACUGGUCCGCUAACCGCAAAGAUUUAGCCGAUUGCGCAGUUGGGUUUGGUUCAUCUGCCUUAGGCGGCAAGAAAGGUAAUAUAUAUGUUGUCACAAACCCCAACGACAAUGCAGCGAACCCUAAACCGGGUUCUCUGCGAUACGGUGUGAUCCAAGACAAGCCGCUGUGGAUCACUUUCGCUAAAGAUAUGGUCAUAACCUUAGAGAAUGAGCUCAUGGUGAAUAGCUAUAAGACCAUAGAUGGGAGAGGGGCAAAAGUGGAAAUUGCGUUCGGACCGUGCAUUACGAUACAACAAGUGACGAACGUAAUUGUGCAUGGGAUCAGCAUCCACGACUGCAAACCGGCGAAGUAUGGAAUGGUGAGGAGUAGCACAACGCAUGUCGGUCAUCGAAAAGGAUCGGACGGUGAUGCGAUCGCUAUUUCCGGUUCGUCUCAUAUUUGGAUCGACCAUUGUUUUCUAGCGAGUUGUACGGAUGGCCUGAUCGAUGUGAUACAUGCUUCAACGGGAAUCACGAUCUCCAACAACUAUUUUACUCAGCAUGUUAAAGUGAUGUUGCUCGGACACAACGAUAACUUCGUGCAAGAUGUGAACAUGAAAGUGACCGUGGCAUUCAAUCAUUUUGGACCACGACUUGUGGAGAGAAUGCCAAGGGUAAGACGAGGUUACGCUCAUGUGGCAAACAAUAGAUACGAUAAAUGGAUAAUGUAUGCAAUUGGUGGUAGCGCCGAUCCAACCAUUUUCAGUGAAGGAAACUAUUUCAUUGCUUCUGAUAAAUCUAACAGUAAAGAGGUGACAAAGAGAGAAGUGAAAGGAGGGUGGAACAAUUGGAGAUGGAGAACUUCAAAGGACGUUUUCAAGAACGGGGCUUACUUCGUACCUUCCGGUUACGGCAGCGUUGAUUUGCCAUACAGUUCCGCUCAGCGAUUCACAGUGGCUCCAGGGAACAUGGUUCCUUCUCUAACCGCAGACGCUGGCCCUCUAAACUGCAACCGCAAUCUCCCUUGUUAUUAGUAUAGAAGAGGUGAAUGCGAAAACCAAAAGAAAAUGUUACAUGUGUAUACAUACUCUUUUCACGAGAUGUAUCUAAUUUCUGGUAGAUCACGUUACUUUUCUUUAUUUACUUAGUUUAAAUCGAUUAAUUAUAUGUUUUGAUAGUGCUUCAUUAGAUGUGUGGUUAAUGGUUAUGAAUGAUGAAAUACGUCAAGAUCUGUUUAAUCCACCGAUAUGUAAAAUUCUUUGAAACUUUAAAAACAGCAAUCUAUAAGCAAUCUA